UACACUUGCUUUAUUGAUUGGUCCCUGUGUUUAGAAGGGUAGUUCAUUGGAGUUGAAAUAAAUGUAUGCAAUUCACAGACCUUAACGCUCUGGCGAAUAACCUGUAUCAUAGUCUAUUGAUACAUGGAUUACAGUCGUCCGAAUUUAAGAUGUCUAUAACUAUAGUAAGAAAAUAUUUGAGCAUACAGGCGUUAGUGUUUCUAAUAGCAACCACCACAUUUAUAUAUUUCGCAAUACUACUAUUGCCAGCCUUAAAACGGAGAACGGAAGUCAAAUUCCUUCAAAAAUUGGACACAGAGCAUAAAAGGAUUCAUGACUUAAAUGAAACAGAGCAUGAAAGACUUCAUGAGUUAAAAUUUGAAAAAGAUCAUAAAAAGCUUCAUACAUAUAUAGAUGGUAGAUUAACAUCAGAAUAUGAAAUUGAAACAAGCUAUAAAGAACGUAAAAUUAUAUUAUGGUAUGUUCCACCUAGAUAUGUUAAUAAUACACCAAAUUUACAACCUUUAAAGGCGUGUCCUGAAAGAAAUUGUUUUACGACAACAAAUAUAAAGUAUAUGAAAGAUGCUGCAGCUGUUCUUUUCAAUGUCCAGAUUAUGUCAAUACCCCAACCGCCGACAAGACCAAAUCCAAACCAAACAUGGAUACUUCAUGAUACGGAACCGUUAGACGAUUUUUAUACUCCCUGGAUUAGGAACAAUGUCUUUAGGAAACCGCAAUGGCGUCAUUUAUUUAACUGGACAAUGCUUUAUAGAGAUGAUUCAGAUAUUUCAGCAGCUUAUGGUAUAGUGAGAGAGAAAACACCCACCGAGUUGUAUAAUAGGGACUUAGAUUCGCUUGUUAAAAAUAAAACUAAGAAUAUCGCUUGGAUGGUCAGCAUGUGUCAAAAUAGCGGUAAACGAAUGGAAUAUGUAAAACUUCUACAAAAGUACAUCGCAGUGGAUAUUUACGGUGAGUGUGGCAAGAAGUGGCCCAGAAGUAAAGAUACAGAAUUUAUGCAAAUGAUAAAUAGAACCUAUAAAUUUUAUCUAGCUUUUGAAAGUGCGUUUUGUGAGGAUUAUAUAACUGAAAAAUUCUAUAAAAACUAUAACAGUGAUUACAUUUUAGUGGCUCGUGGUGGGGGAAAUUAUACUAAAUAUAUUCCUGCUGGAACAUUUAUAGACACCAGAGAUUUUAAAACUACGAAGGAUUUAGCUGAUCAUCUACACUAUUUCAGUACAAAUGACGAGGCUUACAUGAAAAUAUUAAGAAAAAAAGAUUUGUAUAUAAGUAUAUAUGAACGUUUGGACACAGUUGUAAAUAACAACAUCUUUUUUAUCCAUUAUCAAUACGAGACACCAGCCUUAUGUGAAAUAUGCUACAGAAUCAAUAAUUUACAAAUAUAUUCGAAAACAAUAGCUAGGGUUGAUGAAUGGUUUGACAAAAAGUUGUGCUAUCCCCCGAAAGACCUGAAAUGAGUCAUAUUUAUAAAAGUCUAUGGCAGUUUGUGCAAAGUUUCAUUCCUAAAAAUAUUUUGAGGGUGGGAUAGCGUUAUUGCCCAUGUGCGUUCUUGUAGACACAACCCAACUGGUAAAUUAUCCCAUCUUUUGCUUCAAGUGCACUGUCUGUGUCUGUAUAUUUUACAUAAAAUAUGUCUUAACAUUUUCCACCUGAAAUAUGUGUAUAUAGAAGAAAAAAAUGUCCGUUUGUUACUUCCUUUCCUUGUUUGCAAUAAG